ACAUUGACAUUCGAUUCGUCUGACAGGAACCUAGAAUUUAACAUCUUGCAGUUGUCGCAUAAUUUCCAUUCAAUUAGAUUUCUAAGGAUAAAGUUUUUUAUGUUGUUACCUGCUAUUACUCAUAGCUAUGUUAAGUAUUAAAUAUUAUAAAAAAAUGUAACAUCGCAACUAAAUUAUGUGUCACUUCACCAAUAAGUACAUCGAGCUUUACUAAUAAUAUAUAUAACCUGAUAAUCUACAGUCCAGAUGAUGAAUUCAGAAAAAAAUCGUUUAGAAACUUUCAGCGAUUGGCCUUCCAAUGCUCCUAUUAGCCCAGCAAGAAUAGCAAAGGCUGGAUUUUAUUCAACCAAAGAAGGACUGACUGUAAAAUGUUUUGCAUGUGAAAUACAGAUAUUAGAAUGGAAUUAUGGAGAUCAAGUCAUGGCCAAGCAUAAAAACGUUAGUCCUACUUGCCCUUUCGUUCUGAAUCCAACUACCUCUGGAAAUGUUCCUAUCAUUACCCAAAUAUAUUCAACACCUUCUGUAUCAACUAAUUUGAAUUAUAAGGAUGAAGCAGUAAGGCUCUCUUCAUUUAGAAAUUGGCCAGUACCCCAUAUAGUUGCUCCGGAGUCCCUUGCUAGAGCUGGAUUUUAUUAUUAUGAUUGUGGCGACAACACUAAAUGUGCUUUCUGUAAUGGUGUUAUGACAUCUUGGUUACCAGAAGAUGACCCAGACAAGGAACAUAAAAGACAUUUUCCUACCUGUCCUUUUGUUAUUUCAACUAUAAGUCCAAGGCUUUUGGAAAGAUUGCCUAGGGAUAACACACUUACAAAUGUAGAUUUAGUUUCAAAUGAAAAUUUAGAUACACUUGGUGUAAAUGCACAUAAAAUUCCUAAAAAGCCAAGCUGUGCAACUCUAGAAUCUCGUUUAAGAACUUUCAAUACCUGGCCUUCACAACUCAUCCAAACACCUGAAGAUUUGGCCAAUGCAGGUUUUUACUAUGAAGGAAUCAAUGAUCAAGUGAGAUGCUUUCACUGCGAUGGUGGUUUGCGACAUUGGGAUCCUGAGGACGACCCAUGGACUGAACAUGCUAGAUGGUUCCCUUUAUGUUCUUUUGUUAAAAUAGUAAAAGGGCAAGAAUUUAUAGUUUCUUGUUCGAAGGCCCAAAUGGAUGGUAAAGAUAAGAAAAAAUUGCAUAAUAUGAAACCCAAACCUGUUAGAAAAUUUCCUGUGACAGAAGCUGAUUUAGAACAACAUAUGAGUUCAUCCGUAGUAGUGACAGCAUUAAAUAUCGGAUUGAGUAUUGAUAGAAUAAAAAGAGCUCUUAAAGAAAAAUUAGAACAAACUGGAACAGCCUUCAGUGAACCAGAUUCAUUAGCAUUUGCUACUUUGAACCUGCAAAUAGAUGAACAGAGAUCAGAAGUAGAAUCAGAAUGUAUGGAUGACUACAAUGAUUUCUUGUUCAGAUCUUAUUCGGAUAAUGUUAGCCCUGAAGAUUCUUCGCCUACAACUUCAGAAGACACCUCAGCUAAAAUCUCUCCAAAUACUUCGAAGAAAUUGUCAUUAGAAGAAGAAAAUAGAAUUCUUAAAGAGCAAAGGUUAUGCAAGGUGUGCAUGGAUGUUGAAGUAGGUGUUGUUUUCUUGCCAUGUGGUCAUUUUGCCACAUGUGUUAACUGUGCUCCAAACUUACAAGAUUGUCCAGUAUGUCGAACACAAAUUAAAGCCACAGUCCGAACUUUUUUGGCGUAAUUUAUUUACUAAAGUGAUGAUAUAUUUAUCUGUUGUCUAUUUCAGUGUAUGAUAAUAUAAAUCAUGUUUUUUAA